UGAGAGGAGAUUCGGGGAUUUCCGCUUCCGCCGUCCUCUUUCUUUUCAACGCGGCGACCGAGCGGGUUGCAGACGCCAACAUGCAGAUCUUUGUGAAGACCCUGACGGGCAAGACCAUCACUCUUGAGGUCGAGCCCAGUGACACCAUCGAGAAUGUCAAGGCCAAGAUCCAAGACAAGGAAGGCAUCCCACCUGACCAGCAGAGGCUGAUAUUUGCCGGCAAGCAGCUGGAGGAUGGCCGGACCCUGUCGGACUACAACAUCCAGAAAGAGUCCACUUUGCACCUGGUGCUUCGUCUGCGUGGUGGCAUCAUCGAGCCGUCCCUUCGUCAGCUUGCCCAGAAGUACAACUGUGACAAGAUGAUCUGCCGCAAGUGCUAUGCACGCCUGCACCCCCGUGCAGUCAACUGCCGCAAGAAGAAGUGCGGCCACACCAACAACCUGCGCCCCAAGAAGAAGGUCAAAUAAAGCUGGGGCCAUAACUGGCCCAUGACCUUGGGACCAAAUAAAGUCCCCUUCCAUCGACUGGA